AACCCAGAACAACAAAAACAACAAAUAAAGGACCAUGUCUUGUGCCGUUGCAGUUGCAAGCUAUCCUGUAGUAUUGCCACCAUCUUCUCUCUUUUGCAAGAUCACUACUUCUUCUUCUUCCUCUGACGCUAUAUCUCAGGCUUCAUCUUGUGUGUCUCCUUCUACUUCUUCUUCUCCAUCUUGUUCUUCACCGUUAUCACCUUUCAGUAUGCGGUUUCAAAAGGCAUGGAGUUGUUUCAGGGUUUCGAAGAAGGAGACUUCGGAGCCUACGAUUUUGAAGAAGAAUAAGAGACCGGCUAAGAUCGAUAUUCCGAUUUCAGCUUUAAGGUUAGCGGCUGUGACGCCUGCUCUGUCGGAGGUGCAGAGGGAGCUUGAGUUCGAGAGGGAUGGGGUUUCUGUUUACUGUAAGAAAGGAAGAAGGGAAGCCAUGGAGGAUCGGUAUUCUGCUGUCUUUGAUCUUCAAGGAGAUCCCAGACAGGCUUUCUUUGGUAUAUUCGAUGGACAUGGAGGUGCAAAAGCUGCAGAAUUUGCAGCUGAGAACAUGGGUCAGAAUAUAAUGGGUGAAUUGACGAGGAGAGAAGGAAACAAGAUUGAAGAUGCAGUUAAAAAUGGGUACCUCACCACAGACUCAGAGUUUCUGAAAGAGGAAAUCCAUGCUGGAACUUGCUGUGUUACAGCAUUGAUCUCGAAAGGGGACCUUGUGGUCUCUAAUGCUGGUGACUGUCGUGCUGUUAUGAGCAGAGGAGGAAUCGCAGAAGCCCUCACCUCAGAUCACAAGCCUUCCAGGGAGGAUGAAAAAGAAAGGAUCUUAGCCUUGGGUGGCUAUGUGGAUUGCUACCAUGGUGUGUGGAGAUUACAGGGUUCUCUAGCUGUAUCAAGAGGAAUUGGAGAUCGAUCCCUCAAACAAUGGGUAAUAGCAGAGCCAGAGACUAAAGUCUUGAACAUUAAACCGGAAUGCGAGUUCUUAAUUCUAGCUUCUGAUGGCUUAUGGGACAAGGUUACGAAUCAAGAGGCUGUAGAUAUGGUUCGUCCUCUCUGCAUUGGCACUGAUAAGCCAGAACUUAUGUCUGCCUGUAGAAGGCUUGCAGAGCUUUCUGUAACACGAGGCUCAGCUGAUGAUAUUAGUGUCAUGGUAAUUCAAUUGAGUCACUUUAUCUGAUUGAUGAAUCUCUCACCGGAAAAGAAGAAAUCUUUUGCUCGAUCCAUAGUA